AUGGAGAUGGAUAGCCACCUGCACCAACUUCCGCCGCCCCAAGAGGUCGGGGAAGAUACCCUGGGCGGAAUUGAUGGAUCUGUGCAUGUGGCCGAGAGUAACGGUUACCGCCACGGACAGAGCCAAUCACUAGACCGCGGUCUCGCGAACAGCACACACGAGGACAGCCCUCACCCGGAAGAUGACCACGCCGGCGCAUCCCACAACUCACGAUACACACCUCCGGUAUCAAACGGCCCGUCGUUAUCACGGCCUCCCAGCAGCAUGUCCAACCCCCAGACGCAAUCAUAUAACAACGAGCACAGGCAGCAGGGCGAGCAGCAGCCCCAGGGCCGCAAUCAUGUCGUCAUCAAGGUCGGCAUGGUCGGCGACGCCCAGAUUGGCAAGACCUCCCUGAUGGUCAAGUACGUCGAGGGCAGCUGGGACGAGGACUAUAUCCAGACUCUCGGAGUCAACUUCAUGGAGAAGACCAUCUCCAUCAGAAAUACCGAGAUCACCUUCUCCAUCUGGGAUCUGGGUGGCCAGCGCGAGUUCGUCAACAUGCUGCCCCUCGUCUGCAACGAUGCCGUCGCCAUACUCUUCAUGUUCGACCUGACUCGCAAGAGCACGCUUAAUAGCAUCAAGGAGUGGUAUCGACAGGGCCGCGGGUUCAAUAAGACGGCCAUCCCCAUCCUCGUUGGCACGAAAUACGAUCACUUUGUCAACUUCCCUCCCCAAGACCAGGAGGAGAUUUCGAACCAGGCAAGGCGGUUUGCCAAGGCAAUGAGGGCGGCUCUGAUCUUUUCGAGCACCAGCCAUAGCAUCAACGUGCAAAAGAUUUUCAAGAUUGUGUUGGCCAAGGCGUUUGACCUGAAGUGCACAAUUCCCGAAAUCGAGAACGUUGGCGAACCCUUACUGCUCUACCAGUCCGUAUGA